UUUUAAAUUUUCAUUCAUCGUGUGUUCACUCUUCAGUAUUCAGUGUUGUUUUUGUAAAUUUAAUACAUUCACAGAAAAUGCUGGAAGUUACUUGUAACGAUCGUCUGGGCAAGAAGGUUCGUGUGAAAUGUAAUCCUGACGAUACUGUAGGUGAUCUGAAGAAGUUAAUCGCUGCACAAACCGGUACGCGCUACGACAAAAUUGUACUCAAGAAAUGGUACACAGUCUUCAAAGACCAUAUUAAGCUGUCUGAUUAUGAAAUUCAUGAUGGGAUGAACCUGGAGCUGUACUAUCAAUAAUUAAUAAAUAAUUUUAUUUAUUUUGUAAAUCUUUAAAUAUAAGUUACAUUAUAAA